AUGGCACUUGUUGACAAUAGAAUUGUUAACAGACAAGAUGCUCUAUUAGGAGCAGUACAAGGAAAUUUAGCAUACGGUAAAUUUAUGUUUACUGUUUAUCCUAAAUUCGCAUUACAUAGAGAGUCUAGAGAUUUUGAUAUGUCUUUAAGCUUUAUACACCAAUGUGAAAGAACUGACCUUAUGGAACCAGGUAAUAAAGUAUUUACGGUUAAUUAUUUAAUCGCAUAUGUUAUUACAAAUAGUACUCAUUCAAUAGAGUAUAAAGAAAAAGAGAAUAUCACAAUGGAAGAUAUAUUCUCAGAAAUUGGAACUGUAGAAGGCAGUAAAUUUACUGAACCAUCACAGUUACAAGAAAAUUGGGCAAUGAAUAUUGCGCGAAAUAAAAAGGUUUUACACCAAAGGCCUAGAUAUAAUUUCUCUAAUUCGUUAAGAUUAAGUGAACCUAGUUCAUCUGAAAUCUCUUUUGAUUUAAUGAGAUCAAUGUCCGAAAGGAUAGAUAAAUAUGGAGAAAUCCUCAAAGAGGUAGUAGGAAUUUAA